AUGGCUAUGGUCCUGGAAUCCCAGGCCUCUCCCCUACCAGAGCCUGAAGGACUACUGAUUGUCAAACUAGAGGAGGACUCAUGGGGAUCAGAACCUAAAUCCCAGGAGGAGGACCAGGACCCUGUCCCUGUCCUUGAGGCCUCCCGCCAGCGCUUCAGGCAGUUCCAGUACAGGGAUGCAGCUGGACCCCAUGAGGCCUUCAGCCAGCUCUGGGAGCUCUGCUGUCGCUGGCUGAGGCCGGAGAUCCACCUCAAGGAGCAGAUCCUGGAGCUGCUGGUACUGGAGCAGUUCCUGUCUAUCUUACCCAGGGAGGUCCAGACCUGGGUGCAGGCACACCACCCUGAGAGUGGUGAGGAGGCAGUGGCCCUGGUGGAGGAUUGGCACCGAGAGGCCCGAGCUGCACAGCAACAGGAACUGGAAUCAUGUGUAGAGACCAGGUCCUUAAAGGCAAUGCAGGAAUCACAGAGCUUCCAGCUACAGCCGCUGGAUCAUUGGCCUGAGGAACAGUCCCAGAAGCACUGGAUAAAGAAUCCAAACUCUGACCUUCCCAAGCAUCUAAAUGCCAAGAUGAUGCCACAGUCCUUGAAGGAGAGUGCUGUUCUUACUCCCUGGGUCCCUGUUCUCCCGAAGAUAGGGAGCAUUGGUGAUUGGGAGGUGGCUUCUGAGUCCCAGGAAGCCUUGGGACCUGGAAAACAUGCUGAGAAGGAGUUCUGCAAAGACACCCCAGGAGAUGGCUGUGGGAAUAGUGUGUCCUUGGGAGUUCUAGUUUCAAAACCAAAUAGCACCUCCCAGAGAGAGCAAGUAUCAGAAUUUUGGGGUUCAAGCCUUAUAAACUCUGGUAAAAGGAACAUUGCAGGAGAUUUUAGCAUGGAAAAUACACAAGCAAAACCAGCUCAGGCAUUGGCCUGGAGGAACUCAAGGACCUGGGAAGAGCAAUACCCAUGGGACAUGGAGGACAUGAAGGUGUCAGGUGUUCACUGGGGCUAUGAGGAGACCAAGACUUUCCUGGCAAUUUUGAGUGAGUCUCCUUUCUCUGAAAAGCUCCGGACUUGUCACCAGAACCGCCAAGUGUAUCGGGCCAUUGCAGAGAGGCUAAGGGCACGGGGCUUCCUGCGGACACUAGAGCAGUGUCGCUACAGGGUCAAAAACCUCCUACGGAAUUACCGGAAAGCCAAAAGCAGCCACCCACCGGGGACUUGCCCCUUCUAUGAGGAGCUGGAGGCCCUGGUGAGGGCUCGAACGGCCAUUAGAGCCACGGACAGCCCAGGAGAGGCUGUGGCACUCCCUAGGCUGGGGGAUAGUGAUGCAGAGAUAGAUGAGCAGGAGGAAGGGGGCUGGGAGCCUGAGGAAACAGCAGAAAACUGUAAUGGUGAUGACCUGGCCAUUGAUGAGUCCGUCCAGGGGCCCAGGAUUCCAGGGGGCCCAGCUCUGUUCCAGAGUCGUGUUGCAGGUGUGCACUGGGGCUAUGAGGAGACUAAGGCUUUCCUGGCAAUUCUCAGCGAGUCCCCAUUCUCUGAAAAACUUCGCACCUGUCACCAGAACAGCCAGAUAUAUCGGGCCAUUGCAGAGCGACUGUGUGCGCAGGGCUUCCUGAGGACACUGGAGCAGUGUCGCUACCGAUUCAAAAACCUCCUUCGAAGCUACCGGAAAGCCAAGAGCAGCCAUCCACCAGGAACGUGCCCCUUCUUUGAGGAGCUGGACUCAUUGAUGAGGGCUCGGACUGCAGUUAGAGCCAUGGGGACCCUGAGGGAGGCUGCAGGUCUCCUCAGAUCUGGGCAGAACAGUAUUAAAACUGAUGACCAAGAGGUCUGGGAUGAGAUGGCAGAAGAAGAUGCCAUCAAACCUCCAACCCCAUGUCCUAAAACCCUAGACACUGGUUUUGAAUUAAGGCAUGAGGAUGAAGACCAGUUUUCAGAGCAGGAAAUUUUUGAAGAUUUACCUGGAGCUUUAUCAAAAUGCAGCACAGAGGAUAUUUGCCAAGCUCAUGAUUGGGAGGAAGACAGUGAAAAUGGAAAGGAAGGUGAAAAACGGUGGGGAGCACCCCUACUGGAACAUUGGGAAAAAUCUUCUGAAGAAGAAGACUUAGAAAAACUUAUUGACCAUCAAGGCCUGUACCUGGCAGAGAAACCCUACAAGUGUGACACAUGUGUGAAAAGCUUCAGUCGGAGCUCCCACUUCAUUACCCACCAGCGAAUCCACACAGGUGAGAAGCCCUACAAAUGCCUUGAAUGUGGGAAAAGAUUUAGCGACCGCUCCAACCUCAAUACCCACCAGAGAAUCCACACAGGUGAAAAACCUUACAAAUGCCGUGAAUGUGGGAAACGCUUUAGUGACCACUCCAAUCUCAUCACUCACCAGAGAAUCCACACAGGGGAAAAGCCCUACAAAUGUAAGAAAUGUUGGAAAAGCUUCAACCAGAGCUCAAACUUGCUGAAACAUCAGAGAAUCCACUUUGGAGGAAAUCCUGACCACUGUAGUGAGGCUAGGGAAAGCUUCGGCCAAAGCUCAUCUUUUAGUACUCACUGGAGGAAUUCUAUAGAGGAGAUAGCUCCUGAACAACCUCCAAGUGGAAGCAAUGUCAGUAAGAAGUUAAAUUCUCCUGGACUACAAAGCAGCAACUCAGAGGAAAAGAUUUAUCAGUGUUCUGAAUGUGAAAGAAGUUUCUCUAAGAGCUCUGCCCUCAUUAGUCACCAAAGAAUCCAUACAGGAGAGAAACCAUAUGAGUGUGUUGAAUGUGGGAAAAGCUUCAGCAAGAGCUCUACCCUGGCUAACCACCAGCGAACUCAUACUGGGGAGAAGCCAUAUAAGUGUGGAGACUGUGGGAAAUGCUUCAGUGAGCGCUCCAAGCUGAUUACACACCAGAGAGUGCACACAGGAGAGAAGCCCUACAAAUGCCUUGAAUGUGGGAAAUUUUUCCGUGACCGUUCUAAUCUCAUUACUCACCAGAGGAUUCACACAGGAGAGAAGCCUUACAAAUGCAGAGAGUGUGGGAAAUGCUUUAACCAGAGCUCCAGCCUUAUCAUUCAUCAGAGAAUCCACACUGGGGAGAAACCCUACAAGUGCUCUGAGUGUGGGAAAGAUUUCAACAACAGCUCUCACUUCAGUGCUCAUCGGAGAACACAUACAGGAGGGAAAGCAUCAUAG